AUGAACUCGGACGCCGACCGUGUCCCGAUCACGGUGGUCACGGGAUUUUUGGGAGCUGGCAAAACCACUCUGAUCAACUACAUUCUCAAAGGCAACCACGGCAAAAAGAUUGCAAUUAUUGAGAAUGAAUAUGGAGAGGUGGGAAUUGACGACGCCCUGGUUCUGGAGACCAAGGAGGACAUCUACGAGAUGAACAACGGCUGCCUCUGCUGCACAGUGCGCGGCGACCUGAUCCGCAUCCUCAACAAGCUGCUUCGGCGCCGCAACAAGUUCGAUUACAUCAUGAUUGAGACCACCGGCCUGGCAAACCCCGCGCCUGUUAUCCAGACUGUUUUAAGAGCACUCAGCAACAUGCGCGUGCACGCAUGA